AUGGAUAAAGUCCCUGUUCGAGUUGAUGGAAGAUUUAGGCUGGGAGACAUUUUGGGAUAUGGCUCAUAUGCUGUCGUGUAUCGUGCAUGGAACAUCAUCCUUGAUGAUGCAGUUGCUGUUAAACUCGAAACUAUCAUGCACUCGUCUUCUGUGCAGCAUGAAUACAAGAUUUUGAAACACCUUGAAGGUGGUGUUGGUAUUCCCCGUGCCCUUUGGUUUGGCAGGGAAUCGACAUAUUACACUCUGGUUCUUGAGCUCCUUGGGCCCUCACUGCACAAUCUCUUUCUUGCCCACAAUGGAAAAUUCAGCCUUGAGACUGUCGCAAACCUAGGAGACCAGCUGCUCUCACAUCUCAAAUAUAUUCACUCGUAUGGUUAUGUUCACGGCAAUAUCAAACCACAGAACAUUGUCAUGGGUCUUGGCGAUCUCAAGCACACCGCAUUUAUCAUUGAUUUUGGUGUCGCAAAGGAAUUCUGGGAUACAUCGACCAGUGUCCAUAUACCCUUUUGCCAAGGUCGACGUCUCACUGGAACUCCUGCAUUCACUUCGAUUAAUAACCACUUGGGAUCACUCACAUACAUGUUGAUAUACUUCUUGCAGGGCUCCCUCCCAUGGUUGACCAGUGAUGAAGAGAAACUUUCUAGCUCUUCCAUACUUGAACGCAAAGUGAACACUACCAUUGAAGAUCUAUGUCGUGGAAUUCCUGUCGAGUUCGCCACAAUGCUCAUUUACACGUGCUCUCUCGCGUUCUCAGAGGAUCCCGACUACAGCCACCUUAGUUCAUUGCUUUCUGCACUUUCCACAUGCAUGCUGGACUUGGACCAGCCUGAUGCACAUAUCACACAUUCCGCACUAUCCUCCAAUGAACCCCGGGUAAUUGAGGCAGUACCUCCAUGCCCACCGCUUCGCAGAUCAAGUUGUGUGUGA